AUGCCUAAAGAAUGGCAUUAUCGCGAUUUAGUUUCACGUCAUACAUUGGCAAUUAAACGAAAUGAUAGCAAAAAAAAACCGCGUAAAUUGGAAAAAAUUUAUCGAGAAACACAAGCAAGCAAAGAAAAUAUUCAAGAAAACAUUCGGUCCGAUAUUGAUACAAAAGAACGCGAAUUGGUUCUUUAG